AUGGCCACUGCAGCAGAGGACCCCCACCUGGGCUCAGGCCCCGAUGAGGACGACGUGUCUCUGUCAGGGGGCGAGUCCGAUUCGGACAGCAUCCUCUCUGAUGACUCGGUGCUUCCAGACUACAGGCCGGAGACGAGUAAUGGGCGUGCAGCAUCAACACUGUAUCAAGCAUGCGCCCGUAACGAACCUUUCUCUCUGCGUAAAGUUCUGGAGAGAGGGGUCACAAAAGAAGAGGUCAUGGAGCUGGACAUCAACAGCUGGAAUGGCUUGAUGGUGGCCUGCUGCAAAGGUUUCGUGGACAUUGUAUAUGGGCUUCACAACUGUCCCUUUAUAGACAUAAACCACCAGGACAACGAAGGCAACACUGCACUGAUGAUUGCAGCCCAAGCAGGUCAUAUCAACACAGUCAUGUAUCUCCUAAACUACUAUUCUGGUAUAGACACGGAAAUAAAGGAUUGUCGUGGUUUCACGGCCCUCAUCAAAGCUGCUAUGACCGGCCGCAAUGACGUCGUGGCUGCCCUCGUAAUGGCCGGGGCUGACAUUCAUGCAGUAGACUCUACAAAAGGAAAAUGUGCUCGGGACUGGGCACUGAAAACAGGUCGUUAUGAGACCUUGCAUCGCCUCCGCCGCCUGAAUAUGCGACCGAAAGCUGAGCAGUUCUGUGAGAGUUAUGUCCCUGAGUGGCCUGAGCUCAAGGAGAAGGUAGCCAAGGCCAUAGCUGAGAAAACCGCAAGGGAAAAAAUUACCCAGCAUAUAAAAAAUACCUUUGGAUUCAGAAUUCCUCGUGACCCACAAGACAAUGGGGUCUUCGACCACAUGGUGCGCAUGACCACAAGCAUCCAUAGUCCCCUAAUUUCAACUGGAUGCCGUCCACUCUGCCCAACAAGCCCUCCAGAGGUGGGGAAGAGGCGGCUGGCUGUACCGGAGCUGGUGAAGAAACACCCAGAUAAGGAGCUAGAAGAGAGCUCGGUAUGCCACAGCAACGGCUCCGUGUCACACAUCAUUCCCACAAUCCACUCUGCAGAGUCCAUUGCUACCAGGUGCUGCACCGACACAGAGCGGCGAGGAAGCAUCCUCUCACUGGCCUCCACCAAAGUCGCUACUACAUUUAUUCCCCGCAGUAUGGCGAGAAGGAACAGCGUGUUCCCCUCUGGCUGCAUCCCCCAGAUCAACAUCAGCAGGCCUACAGAGGCAACGCCAAAGAAAGAAAAGAAGAAAAAGAAGAAGAAGGAAAAGGGAUUCCUGGAACCACCCAAGUGGAAGUACAAGGAGAUCAAGGAUGAGAAAAAGAGGGAAAAGAAAAAGGCUGAGAAAGAUAAAGCAGAGAAAGAAAAGGAGAAAAAAAAGGAAAAAGAAAGCAAGACGGCAAAAAAAUAGUUGGUUGAAGAAAGGGCUCUUGGUAAAUGGUAAAUGGACUUGCACUUACAGUAUAUAGCCCUUUUCCAGUCUUACUGACCACUCAAAGCGCUUUACAAUGCUUACGCAUUCACCCACUCACACACACAUUCAUACAUCACACUGAUGGAACAGCCAUCAGGGGCAAAUUGGGUUUUGCUAUCUUGCCCAAUGACACUUUCACACGCGGACUGGAGGAGCCGGGGAUCAAACCAACCACUCUCUCUAAUUAGUAUACGACCUGCUCUACCUCCUGAGCCACAACCACUGCCAGCCCCCACCCCACCCCCCCACACAGGCACAGCUCUUCUGCUUGAGAACUAUAUCAUUUUGAAAAUGUGUUCAACUCAGGGACUGAAACUGAAACCAAAUAUCUUGGAAACAUUCAGCGAAUACUGACCAUAUAACCUAAAGGGGAAAUAGGUACAAGAGGAAAUAUUUUUUCCUUCGUAAGACUGACUGACAGAAGACCUCAAAUGAGAACUGUAAAGACUCUUCAGGAGGAUUUUUGAAGCUUUUAGUCUGUCUAAAAGUUUAGACAAAUAUUACAUAUAUUUUGAGAUAGAAUAGAAAAUAAAGUUUAUUUUUCCAUUAAUAUAUUCAAAAUUUAUAGAAAUAAAAAAGACGAUGAUUAUGAUACAAUGCAUAAAAUCCCUGUUUACCGAUUCAGGUGCAAAAGCAUUUCUAGUAUCUACCUCAUUGUUCAAAUAAAACACAGAAAGGUAGACACAUACUGUUUGUAUACCUGCAUAUCCAAAAGUCAAAUUUAUCCCAGAUGUUAAUUUAGAAACAUAUAGCUAUUCCAUAGCCCAUUUGUGUUCUUAUAUAAUAUUGUUGUCUUUGUUGAAUUUGUUGUAAGUUAACUUUUGUAAAUAGGCCAAAAUCACUUGUAAAUACUGCAAACACGCAUCAACAUGGAGGAUCUGUUUAAUCCUCUCACUCAGUUCAUUCAAGUUUUAUUGCCAUUUUCUUAUACUGCCAAUAACACAUUCAUAUGAUGUUUUCAGCUUUUAUUAACUCUAUGAGUGCAUGGAUUCAGUUUGCUUGAAAUUACAAAUAAAUAUAGGACAGUGAAAAAUUAGCAGUUCGUUAAUCAGUUUUAAAGCUGCAAUGGUCAAUAUUUUUACACUAACAGUGGAUCAAAUGGGGGAACCCCGUUAGCUCACCUCACCUGUAUACCAUUAAGGCCGAGUCCUUGUCACAGCUGCAUGAGUUCAAAUCUGGCCCAGGUCCUUUGCUGCAUGUUAUCCCAUGUCUCUCUUUCCCCUAACUUUGAUGUGUCUCUCUUGCACUCUCUCCACUUCUCUAUCAUAAUAAAGGCACAA